AUACACCCCCGCAGCCCACGACGGCCCCUCCUCGCGUAGUGAUAUACCUAUGGAAAAUCGACAAGUGUGUGUACUAGUGGGUACAUGAUGUAUUGAACCCCUGCUUGAGCGUGGAGAUGCGUGAUGUUGUUGUCCGGGUUGUAAAGCUAAAACUACCUAACAUAGUAAAACACACACUCGCCGUCUGCUGCUUCGCGUAGGUGCUUACGGGGUAGACGGGGUAGUGGUGUACUAACGGAAUUCCCGUCCCCUGCUUGUCCCCGCUAUGUCCCCGCUUGUUCCCGUUCCUGCCCCGCAUUCCGCAUUUAGGUACUUUCGUAAAUGUAUAGUGUAACCCCCGCUCCCUUCCCUUUCCCUCCCUUUGCCUUCGCUCCAAGCUCGGGAUUCUCUUCUUUCAAACUUGGUCGUACGCAACCGCAUAUUCGCACUAUAUUCGAAUCAAGACAGGAUUUAAAUGAAUCUUGCGAGAACAUCUAGAUUUACGCUUGCAAAAGGACUACGGCGGCAGCCGUUCGUGUUCUCGCCUCCUCUGUACCCGUCCCCGUCCCCGUACCCCGUCACCUGUCAGGCCGGUCCGAAGAAAUACGCCAGGUUUUCUACCACGAUGGCGGAUAUCCCGCAGAGACGCUUACAGCGGCCCGUGGUCCUCGUCUGCGACAUGCAGGAGAAGUUCCGCUCCGCCAUCUUGAUGUUUGACUUGAUCCUCCGGACGACGCAGAAAGUCCUACGCGCCGCUAAGAUCCUCGAUGUGCCCGUCAUCGUGACGACGCAGAACGCGGCGAAGCUGGGACCUACCGUCUCCGAGCUCCAGGAAUUAACCGAAAAUGCCGUGAUUAACGCAGACAAGACGGCCUUUAGCAUGCUGCGCGUCCCCGAAGUAGCAGCCCGAUUCCCGCGCGUCGUCGUCGACCCGGCCCGGGAAACCGCCGCGGCAGCGGCGGAGCCCCCGAGCGAAGUAGCGAUCGUGGGGAUCGAGGCUCACAUCUGCGUGACGCAGACGGCGCUGGACCUGCUGGCGCGCGGGCACAAGGUGUACGUGCUGGCGGACGGGGUGAGCAGCUGCAACCGGAUGGACGCGCGGGCGGCGCUCGCGCGGCUGCGGGCCGAGGGCGCCGUCGUGACCACCAGCGAGAGCUGGAUCUACGAGUGCAUGGGGGACGCGGGGAUCCCCGAGUUCCGGGAGGUCGCGAGGCUCGUGAAGGAGACGGGGCCGGGGAUGAAGGAGGUGCUGAGGGGGCUGGAGAGUAAUUUGUAG